AUGCCUCACUGGUGGCUAUUUUGUUUGUUUUGUCCCGUAAUCUCCACCACUAAUCCUUAUCUCAGCAAUGAUGAGGUGAGUUCGAAACUUACAGUAAUGGUAAAAGUUAGUACGAAGAUAAAAUUACGUUGUAGGAUUUGAUAAAAUCAUACGAGAACAAGAAAUGGGUUAAAAAUUACGAUGACAUCCGACUUUUGGUUGCCAAAUUCUGGGAACCAUCAUCCUCCGCCAUCAACAAACAUCACGAUUACUAUGAGACCACAAAUUUUCUGAAGGUAACUAUUUUUUUGUUAUCGUACUUUAAUUUUAGAACCUUUCUCUCCGCUUUCCUCAUAUCUGUACCUUGAAUUCAAUAGGCCGGAGUAUUGAAGGACGAGAAUUAUGGGUCUUAACACUGGGGAAGAUGCCCAAAUAUCAUUUACCAGGCAGGCCAGAGUUCAAAUAUGUUGGAAAUAUGCAUGGGAAUGAAGUCUUGGGUAAAGAAUUGUUACUACAUUUGGCAUCAGUAUUACUCAACAACUACGGAAAGAACAAAUACAUGACGAAAAUGAUGGAUUCCAUUAGAAUUCAUAUACUCCCUUCCAUGAAUCCAGAUGGAUAUGCUAAAGCCCAAGAAGGAGAUGAAACGGGAACAAGGGUAAGUGUCGAAAGUAAUCAUAUAAAAUAAUUUCGUCAGGGAAGAGAGAAUGCAAAUGGAGUUGAUCUCAACAGGAAUUUCCCUUCUCAAGAUGCUUAUCGAGCUCAUUAUCACCGGAGUACGACCGAAAUUCAGAAAGAGACCCAACUUAUAAUGCAAUGGUCAAGAAGCAUUCCUUUCGUUUUGUCAGCUAAUCUACAUUCAGGUAAAUUUUGAGCUUCUAAAGAUAACUUUUCAGGGACGGCCUUAGUAAAUUAUCCAUUCGAUGAUGGGGUUGGGGAACGAUCCAGGACCAAGGACAAUGACCUCUUCGUCAUGAUUGCAUAUUCUUACGCAAGGGCUCAUAAACGGAUGUUCAAGAAGGUAAUUCAUAUUUAAAAUAGAGUAAUAUUAUUAGGCGUAGAAGUAUGAUCGUGCCGUUUUCCGGCCCAUAAUUUCAAUCAAAACAAAAAAUUUUUACACUAAACCUUAUCCAAUUUUAUAUUCUAUUAUUAAUUCCGAGGGGUUUGCACAAUUUGGCCAACUUUCAAGUCCAUCAAAGAAAAUUUUUGGCUUUUUUGAAGCCAUCUAAAUAUCAACCCAAUUUUCGGCAUCGUUGUAUUCAACGAAGCGCUGCUGCCACAGAUCGUGUUACAUCGGUCGAAACCAGUGAUAAUCUGAAAGUGCUGCGUCCGGAGAGUGUCGCGGGUGGGGUAAAACGUCCGAACUCGGCGGUUCUGGGGUGGCCUUGACCAGUUUUUCAACAUUGGGUUUGGCGUCAUCAUGCAGCAAAAUAAAAAUUGGUCAUACCGACCGCUUUUACCAUAUCUCUUGGUGGAGUUGCAUCAAGUCUUGUUGACAACGGAUGCCAGUAACCGUUUUGUCGGGUUUCAAGACCUCAUAGAAAAGAAGAUCUUGUUUUUGUCAUCAUAUACAGAGCAACACUUCCUUCCCGGUAAUGUUGGACUGUGCGGUCGCUUGUGUUUCGGGUUGUCAAAAUCGAUCCAUUGUUCUUCUCUGGUCACUAGACAAUGCAAAAAUGACUUCCUUUCUGUCUGUCCAUCAAAAUUUUGUAUGUUAUCCAUGUUGAGUUAGGUCAAUCCAUAUGACACCCAACUCCCUUCUCUCUAGAUCCUUCCCAAUUGUUCCAAACUGAGUGAAGCUCCUUUAUGCAAGACGUGUAACAUCACAGCUAGCUUUUCUUGCGCACCGGCAUCGUGUUGUUUGCAAUAAUCUCCAUAUUCAAAUUUCUUACAUGGGUUGGAAAAUCACGGGAUUUGAAACGAUGAACCCUUUUCCGACGGAAUUUUUUUACAGAGCACAACCACAGUAAGCUUCUGUAAGCGUUCCAUGCGUCGACGGCGCUUUUGCUCACAUUACAUGUAUAGAGGAAAAUUCCCCGCAAAUGGCAUUUUUCUGGGACGAAAGUUGGUCAUCUUUGAAGCUUCAUAAAACCCGCUAUUCUAAACCUAACCACACGAAGCAUAUAUCGAUAGACAGCGUUUUCAACGUUCUUUCAGGCGAUAUCAACAAGUUUUUACCAAAACUUUAACUCCACCUGUAAAAAAGGCGCAACUAAAAAAACGGCACGGUCAUACUUCUACGCCUAAUAUUAUAAUAAUAUUAUUACAUAUUAUGCGAUGAAUUAAAAUGAUCACAAUAUUUUUAGGGUGCCCGAUGUCUAAUAGAACAUCUGAAUGACCCCCUGGACCCUGAUUUGGGUAUAGUUAAUGGGGCCAGCUGGUAUGAAGUAACCGGCGGAAUGCAGGACUGGAAUUAUGUGUUCGGGCACUGUUUUGAAGUAACGGUCGAAAUGAAUUGUGUCAAAUUUCCGAAGGCGAAAGAGUUGUACGGAUUCUGGGAAGAUCACAAGUUCGCCCUGAUACAUUACAUUUCCCUUACACAUCAAGGUAUCCAUGGCUUUAUUUUCGAUGAACAGACCGGAAGAGGGGUACUCAAUGUCACCAUAUCCGUCGGAAACGGGCCUCUAGUCGUCUACUCCUACAAGUAUGGGGACUAUUGGAGAAUACUGCUGCCUGGGACCUAUAAUGUAACUGCUUUUGUUAUUUUUAUACUUCUUUUCCGGUUCGAAAAAUAUAACAAAACAUAUUCAGGUGACGUUUGCCUGCGACAACUAUUAUCCACAACAACAUACGGUAAUAAUCCCCGAACAAGGCCGAACUCUUUCGUUUAAUAUCACCAUGAGACCUCACUCUUAUCAAGUAGAGCAUCGCAAAAUGCAUAAAGCCUCGAACGUUGCCAACAUUAUUGGUUUAUCUUCCUCACUGAUCAUCGCCUCAGGGCUUACACAAGGUGUUUUGAAACGGGUAUUCUAGAGGGUUUGCUCAGAAUAAAGUUUUAUGAGUUAAUCCCAGCCCAUCAAACAGUCUUUGACUUGCCGUUACCGCGAGUAAAUCCUCGCAGGAACAACAUUGAGAAGGGUUAUUACAAUUAAGCAUUUAUAUGUUGGCGAUGCGGCAAUUAAGCGCGUCUGAAUGCGUGACUGACGCCUUCGUUCACAAUGAAGAAGAUGGAGAUGAGGGGGCGCGGAGAAGAAGAGCCGUCCCCCACCUUAUUCUUUCCGCCUGUACUGCCACCGGUUUCCAAAAAAAAAGAUCUCUAGCCGCGCCUCUACUACAAGUGCUCGGAAAUUGGUGGAUUCAUAUUUCCCUUGCGAUCCGAAUCCUUAUUUUCUUCUCCAUUUCUCGUCACUGCAGGAAUCUCCUUGUCCUCAUGAUAAUAUUAUGCCGGUCAGUCGUAACGAAUUGGUCAAGCAGUUGCUAAACCAGCAGAUUCUCGGCGAAUCUUUGGUCGAUUCCGAGGUCUCGAGACGAAAAGUGUGGAAUGAUCUGUCCAGUUUUGUGGAAGUAGGUGUUUACUUUGUUAUGUGUAAACAUAUCUGGAAUUAAAAGAUUCAACAAAGAUUUAGGAAAAUCUGAAUGAAGUUCAUCACAAGCUGGACAAGGUUGAGGCCGAGAUCUGGGGGAAAUUGAUCGUAAUGGAAAAAAAUAUCCGCGUGGCCAAGGCCUAUCUCAGGGCAUCAACGAUUACUGUGGAUGGUAGCAAAAGCUAUUUUGACGGAUCCCGGUGGGCUAGCUGUUACGCCUUCUAAAUUUUUUUAGAUUAGGACUUUCUUAUUUCUCGAAUAGCCGCAGAGAACCAGAAACUGAAACAGAAUUAAGAACUUUGGGGAAAGUAAGUCGAGACGUGCCCUUUGAUUUCAUAUCCAGGGCGUCACGGUUCAAUUGGACAGGAUGGGGAAUGUUUGGAUGAAGAAUCAGACGGCCAGGACUGUUUGUGUCCAAUGUGCCCAGUAUCCCGAGCCAAUUUAUCUGGAUGAUAGUUACAAAAAAGUAAGGAUACCCCAUCAAACCGCAGCACAACUUUUAGAUUAUGGAUAUGCGGUUCUUUCGGGAUUCAAUUCUCCACAAACUCGAGUUAAACUCAUCACUGGAUGCUCCGAAAUUGUUUAAAAAAGUCAUCAUAUUUGUAAAGGUGAGCAAUAGAUGACAGUAUCAUAUUAUUAAUUGAUUACAUGUAGUUGAGUGAUCCAUCGCCUGACUUGAAUCCACUUGAUUGUUCCUUGUGGUUUGCCUUGAUCCAUCUGGUCAGUGUAGACCUUAUCCAUCUGAUUCUAUCUGGCCAAACUCCCAUUCCCUCCGCCGAAUUGUCACCUCAAUCUUCUGCAAGUUCAAAUUGUUCCGAGAUGGACAGAAGAUUACAUAGAGAUCGGGAAUCUAAUGAAGAUUCGUCUGCUAGCACGUCUUCGUACAAUCCAGAUUCGUACAGACAAAACGGAAGUCGGUAAGGGAACAUUUUAAUUCCAAAUUAUUUUUUUGCAGAACAAGUACUGGAGUGGCAAGAAAGAUUUUUAAUCAGCAACAACAACAGAAUCCAAGACGCUACAAUACGAACAAAUCUACCAUCCAGAGAAGAUCUGCCAGUCGGGAACGAACGAUUCAGCGUAAACCUCCUCUUAAUGAGUAUUCGAUACCCUUUUCGAAUACUUUGGAACAAAUGAAAACGGAACGGGGAAGGGUAAGAUCGAUUUCGAGGCAAUGGUCUGCAAUUGGCAGACCGUAAUGAGCUGUCAAGAUUUUUUUGAAACAUUGGGGCUAAGGUAGUACAUCAUUAUGGGCAUUCCCGUACGUUCAGUCGCCCAUAACUUCGACAACUCAGCAACCCAAAAAAGAGGAAUUUAUGUAAGAACCUCCUAGAUAUAAAGACAACGCGUGGUUGUAAAAUUGCCAGUGUAAAAAAAUAAAAAAGAAAAAAAUGUAAUCUCGAAAAAUUGUAAAUUCCGGUUUGCUUUAUAAGAUGUCACGAAGGCUACUGUAAGCGUAAAAAUGGAUACGAUUUUUUUCAAGAUUACAUUUUUAAAGAAGUUGCACUUUCAUUUACAUUUUUACACUUAGAGCGUGUUUGGUUGCAUCCCUAACAUAUCAAGGUUUACAUUUUUCCAAAAUUAAUUCUUUUAAAGCAACUUACCAUUACACUUACUUUGUAUAUUUUUGCGAGCACGUUUGUUAUGAAGAUGGCUUCAUCACUAUAAUAUAGCUCGGGACUUCUAAAUCUCUCCGCAAGAGUCCAACCCUGCAAAUUUAGUACAAAGUUAAAAGUUGCGCAAUCUGACAUACCAUUGCGCAAUUUCUCUCUUUGUAAGAAUUUCUGCCUUUCUCUGUCGCCUCCUCCUUUUUUGACAACUUUUAGCUUUGGACUAAAUUUGCAGGGUUCGGAUGGACUCUUGCGGAGAGAUUUAGAAGUCUCGAGCCAUAUUAUAAUAACAUUUUGUAAGAUUUUGCUUUAGUAUUUUGUAAAGUUUUUGUUUUUUUCAAUAAUUUAUUUAUUGAACGAACCGAUUGAUUGGAAUUAAGAGAGAUGUCUAAUGACGAAUUUCUGCCAUUAUGAUUUGCAAUCCUUAUUCUUAUCCAAUUCUUCCGGUCUUUCUGAUCUUGUUGACCCUUUCGUGUUCACAAAGUUCCUGAUGGGAUUUAUUUUCAGGAGAAACAUUCAAGCCAAUCCAAAUUGACGUCAAGUGGAUGGAGUCUUUUGAAUCUGACAGACAUCGACAAAAUGCAGAAACCUUUUUAUUUUGCAUCGGCAGAAGAAGCGGAAAGAGGAAGGAGAACGAAAAGAGGGGGCUCUGGGCAUCGAUUCAGCAGUCAAUGUAAUAUGAAGACCAUCUCCAAGGAAGAGGACAGUCCUUAUCUCGUUCCCAACAGCCUCAAAAGUCUCGGAAGAUAUAGCAGUCGGUGGAAGAGUGAGACCAACAUGAACAGCGACUAG